GCGGCGCGGAGCGGAAGUGGGAGCCGGAGCCUCGUCCGCCAUUGUGGGGAAGCGGAGCCCAGAGCAAGGGGGGGGAAGCGGCGCUGCGUCCGGCCGGCCGGCUCCUUCCAGCGGGAACCCGAUCGGCGGCGGCAGCGAGCCCAGGUCGGCGGCGACGACAAUCAGGCGGCGGCGGCGGUGGGGAGGAGGCGGCGGAGGCGAGCGAGCGGCCCCGGCGUGCGGAAUCACUCGAGGCCCAGGCGGAGCGGAGCGAGGGGAUCGCGGCUCCCCGUGAAGAAUGUCAGCCACCAGCGUCGACCAGAGACCUAAAGGACAGGGAAAUAAAGUUUCAGUACAAAACGGUUCGAUUCAUCAAAAGGAUGCAGUAAAUGACGAUGAUUUUGAGCCAUAUCUAAGUAGUCAGACAAAUCAGAGCAACAGCUAUCCACCAAUGUCAGACCCAUAUAUGCCUAGCUAUUAUGCUCCCUCCAUUGGAUUUCCAUACUCUUUAGGUGAAGCAGCAUGGUCAACUGCAGGUGACCCUCCAAUGCCAUAUUUGACAACUUAUGGACAGAUGAGCAAUGGUGAACACCAUUACAUACCUGACGGUGUAUUUAGUCAACCCGGGGCAUUAGGAAAUACCCCUCCAUUUCUUGGGCAGCAUGGAUUUAAUUUUUUUCCUGGGAAUGCAGACUUCUCUACAUGGGGGACAAGUGGAUCUCAGGGACAAUCAACGCAAAGCUCUGCUUACAGCAGCAGCUAUGGCUAUCCACCUAGUUCUCUUGGGAGAGCCAUAGCAGAUGGACAGGCUGGAUUUGGCAGUGAUACUCUGAGCAAGGUGCCUGGGAUUAGCAGCAUUGAGCAAGGCAUGACUGGACUGAAAAUUGGUGGAGAUAUGACGGCUGCUGUAACAAAAACUGUAGGUUCAGCUCUGAGCAGUACAGGUAUGACAAGCAUUGCAGCUAACAGCGUGCCCCCAGUUAGCAGUUCAGCACCUAAACCAACCUCAUGGGCUGCAAUUGCAAGGAAACCUGCUAAACCUCAGCCGAAGCUCAAGCCUAAAGGUAAUGUGGGCAUUGGGGGCCCUGCUGUACCGCCACCACCUAUAAAACACAACAUGAAUAUUGGAACUUGGGAUGACAAAGGGUCAGUGGUAAAAGCACCCCCAGCUCAACCAGUACUGCCUCCUCAGACUAUAAUCCAGCAGCCUCAGCCAUUAAUUCAACCACCACCACUGGUGCAAAGCCAACUGCCUCAACAGCAGCCUCAGCCACAGCAACCACAACAGCAACAAGGACCUCAGCAGCAGGCCCAGCCUCACCAAUUGCAGCAGCAACAGCUGCAAAACCGCUGGGUAGCUCCUCGUAAUAGGGGUGUGGGCUUCAGCCAGAACAAUGGAGCUGGUAGUGAGAACUUUGGUUUAGGUGUUGUAUCCGUCAGCUCCUCACCUUCUGGUGUGGAAGUGCACCCAGUGCUGGAGAAACUAAAGGCCAUAAACAACUACAAUCCCAAAGACUUCGAUUGGAAUCUGAAGAAUGGACGUGUGUUUAUAAUCAAAAGUUACUCAGAGGACGAUAUUCAUCGCUCCAUUAAGUACUCUAUCUGGUGUAGUACUGAGCAUGGUAAUAAGCGCUUGGAUGCUGCUUACCGGUCCCUGAAUGGAAAAGGCCCACUCUAUUUACUCUUCAGUGUGAAUGGCAGUGGACACUUUUGUGGAGUGGCUGAGAUGAAGUCUGUUGUGGACUACAAUGCAUAUGCUGGUGUCUGGUCUCAGGAUAAGUGGAAGGGGAAGUUUGAUGUCAAAUGGAUCUUUGUCAAAGACGUUCCCAAUAACCAACUGCGACAUAUUCGCUUGGAAAACAAUGAUAACAAACCGGUUACCAAUUCGAGGGACACUCAAGAGGUACCCCUAGAAAAAGCCAAGCAAGUGCUUAAAAUAAUUGCUACUUUCAAGCAUACCACCUCAAUCUUUGAUGACUUUGCACAUUAUGAGAAGCGUCAAGAGGAGGAGGAAGCCAUGCGUAGGGAGAGAAAUAGAAACAAACAAUAACUAUAUGGAGAUGUCCUGCUAGAAUACAACACUAAUGAUGUAGACUCUGGAAAUGCCUAAUAUGUCUAAGAAGACGUUAUUAAAGCUUUUUUCUGCUUAAGGUGACAUCUUUGAACACUUUAACACGAAAUUGACUCUUCUUGUAAUGGUUCUCAUCAGUGCAUCUGCCCUUAUACUCUCUCACCAAACACACUUGAGAACUGUACCUUCGUCAAGCACUUUCUGUCCUGAAGCUUUUACCAGUAUCUGCUGUCUUUUGUAUUUAUGCAUCCUAGCUAAGGCACAGGAGACCGAACGAAUGCAAGGAUUCAUUAACUCUUUGAAUUUGUUAAAUACUAACAUUUAACCAUUAGAAGUGGUUCAAUGAUGUGAGAUUCACAUUGCUUCAACUUAAUUUUUUUCUUUGUUGUAGUUUUUUUAAUUGUCAGUUUUUAGCUAUUCAACAGAUUAAAAGCAAAUCAUGCCAUAUUUAGUCCUGGAGUAAAACUCAAGUCUAAAUGUUCAUGUGAAAAUUAUUGUAGUAAUCUUUUAAUAUGGCAAAGCAACUUUAAGCUGCAGUUUAGCCAAAUGAAUUGUAACAUGAAAUUAUAAUAGAAUGACAUUUCCCUUGUUUCAAACUGUUUGGUGUAAGAGAAUAUUAAUAUGCAGCUUGGUGGACACCACCAGUUAAUGCACAUUUCUUUAUUUUUUUCUGUAACAUGUAUACUGAAAAAAGUGCAUUUGUCUGAGGAACUGUUUGUUUGCUACCACUCAAUGAAUCUCAGUUUUGAGUAAAUGUACCUCAGUCUAAAUCAGACUUUUUAUGACCUUUAUAACUACAUUUAAAAUAAUCUUUAAUUCCUAUUUCUGGGUGUUUGCAAGCCUGACAGAUUGCUAUCAUGAAAGUGAAAAUUUACUCCUCUAGGUGAUUCACUAGCUAAAUAAACAUAAUUCUUGUUUAGCAAGCA